AUGAGAGUUCACUCACUCGUUAGUGUUUUUGCUUUGCUACUUGUCGCGAGCGGCGUUAAUGGCGACAACCCAUAUAGAUUCUACACUUGGAGGAUCACUUAUGGCGAUAUUUAUCCUCUGGGCGUCAAACAACAGGGGAUUCUGAUAAAUGGGCAAUUCCCGGGACCGACCAUCGACUGCGUUACGAACGACAAUUUGAUUAUCAGUGUUUACAACUACUUGAAUGAGCCUUUUCUCCUCUCUUGGAAUGGAUUGCAGCAAAGAAGGAAUUCAUGGCAGGAUGGUACAUACGGCACCAACUGUCCAAUCCCACCUAGGAAAAACUACACUUAUGUACUUCAAGCAAAAGACCAAAUCGGGACAUACUUUUAUUUCCCAUCUCUUGCACUCCAGAAGGCUGCUGGUGGAUAUGGCAGCAUCAAAAUCUACAGCCGCACUCAGAUUCCCGUGCCUUUCCCGCCUCCUGCUGGGGAUCAUGUCGUGCUUGCUGGAGACUGGUUCAAGAGGAGCCACAGGCAACUGAAGUAUUUCUUGGAUGGUGGGCAUAAUCUUCCGUUUCCUGAUGGCCUCAUCAUCAACGGCCGUGGUUGGAAUGGAUACACAUUCACAGUCGAACAAGGCAAAACAUACAGGUUCAGAAUAUCAAAUGUGGGGAUUGCAACUUCCAUUAACUUCAGAAUCCAAGGACAUGCCUUGAAACUUGUCGAGGUAGAAGGAUCUCACACUGUCCAGAAUACCUACACUUCCCUUGAUGUCCAUCUAGGCCAGUCUUACUCUGUCUUGGUCACAUGCAACCAGCCGGCAAAAGACUAUUACGUCGUGGUAUCUUCACGCUUCACGUCCAGAGUCCUCACCACCACAGCUGUUCUUCAUUACCGUAACUCGUUCACUAGAGUCUCUGGUCCCCUGCCCGGUGGGCCCACCACUCAGAUCGAUUGGUCUCUGGCCCAAGCUCGAUCCAUACGGCGGAACCUAACGGCGAGUGGGCCCAGACCAAACCCACAGGGCUCUUACCAUUAUGGGCUGAUCAAGCCUGCUAGGACCAUAAUUCUAGCAAACUCGGCUCCGUACAUUAAUGGCAAGUUGAGAUAUGCUGUGAAUGGCGUCUCGUUUGUGAACCCCGACACGCCCUUGAAAUUGGCCGACUACUUCAACAUCGGAGGGGUCUAUACGCUCGGGAGUAUCCCGGACAGGCCCACAUGGGGAAAUGGGUAUCUUGGGACACCUGUCAUGCAUGCCGAUUAUCGAUCUUUUGUGGAGAUUGUGUUUCAGAAUUGGGAGAACAGUGUCCAGUCGUGGCACAUGGAUGGAUAUUCUUUCUUUGUAGUCGGUAUGGACGGCGGGCAGUGGACUCAAGCUAGUAGGUCGCGCUACAAUUUGAGGGACACGGUUGCCCGAUGCACGGUUCAGGUGUACCCGAGAUCUUGGACUGCAAUAUGGGUUGCUUUAGACAAUGUGGGCAUGUGGAACAUAAGGUCCGAGGACUGGGCAAGGCAGUAUUUGGGGCAGCAAUUCUACAUGAGAGUUUACACGCCGUCAAAAUCAUUUAGAGACGAGCUCCCGAUCCCUAGAAAUGCUCUCCUCUGUGGCCGAGCAAGAGGGCACAGAACAAGACCUCUCUGA